AUGGCUCCUCGGGAGAAGAGCCAAUUGAAGCGAGGCCGGGUCUCUCCGACUACGUCCGAGGCGCUGAAGAAGCCCCGUCGAUCCGAAAGACUGUCUAGGGACAGUAACGGCGACGCCCCCGAGCACCUCAAGACGCCUGUCACCAAAAACCAGCAGAAGCUUCCUUCACCAGUCACACAUCUCACUGAAGACGACAGCAACGAACUCUACAAGGAAAGCACCGCUACACCCCCAGCAGGCAGACCGAGCCAGAUUGCGCAUCGAACACCCGAGGAUACCAUUUCGUCGCAAGGCCAGGGCCUAUCUUCACCCCCACAAGACACACAGGCGUUCCCUUCCCAGUACGUCGACCCGAACGCUGCUCUUUCCGAUGAAGUCGAAGACGAGGUCAAGGAAGGGGUUUGGGGCUACCUUUUUCCACUUGACACCAAAUAUGGAAGGUGCGUCGUACUGAAGCGACGGCACACUUGCCCUCUUCCCGACGCUGUCAGCGGUUCUGCUACUGUGAAACAAAAGAAGAAAGGCCGAGCUUUGGAACAGGAGGAAAGCUUCGAAGAGUCAAAGAUCAAGGGCAUUCCGUCCGGCGGCUAUUUAAUAGGUCGCCAUCCGGAAUGCGAUGUCGUGAUAGACGACCCUGUCAUUUCCAAUCGGCACUGUAUUCUAUUCAUUGAAAACAAGGGCCAAGACACCGUUGCAAUACUUGAAGAUCUUUCCAGCAACGGCACCUUUGUCAACGAGGCCAUGGUUGGACGGAACCAACGGCGAGAGCUCCGAGAGCAAGACGAGAUUGCAGUCAUGGAUAAAGCUCGCUUCAUCUUCAGAUACCCGCGAAGUCGAACAUCAAGUGCCUUCCUUCAACAAUACACACUGCUCGAACGAUUAGGCAAGGGCCAUUUCGCCGAGGUGUUUCUCUGCGUGGAGAAAGCGACCGGCUCUAGGUACGCCGUCAAAAUAUUCACUAAACACCCUGGAAUGGAAGAAAAGUCCAAAACCGAUGGUUUGCAGCAGGAAAUUGCCGUGUUGAUGGGUGUCAGCCACCCUAAUGUUCUGUGCCUGAAAGAUACAUUCAACGAGAAGAACGCCGUUUACCUUGUCCUUGAGCUUGCGCCCGAAGGCGAGCUAUUCAACCACAUCGUCAUGAAGCAGAAGUUGACCGAGGAGGAAUCGCGAACGCUUUUCAUCCAGCUAUUCCAAGGCAUCAAAUAUUUGCAUGACCGGAAUAUUGUUCAUCGAGAUAUCAAGCCAGAGAACAUAUUGGUCGUGGAUAAGGAGAUCCACGUGAAACUUGCCGACUUUGGUCUUGCCAAGAUCAUCGGGGAGGAGUCUUUCACCACCACGCUGUGUGGAACACCAAGCUACGUUGCCCCUGAAAUACUGGCUGAAGGCAGGCACCGAAAAUAUACGAAGGCGGUCGACGUCUGGUCGCUCGGCGUUGUUCUCUAUAUAUGCCUUUGCGGGUUUCCUCCGUUUUCUGACGAACUGUACUCUCGCGACUUCCCGUACACGCUGUCUCAACAAAUCAAGAGCGGCCGAUUCGACUAUCCAUCGCCGUACUGGGACUCCGUUGGUGAUCCUGCGCUCGACUUGAUCGAUUCGAUGCUUGUGGUCGACCCCGAGAAGAGAUUCGCUAUCGAUCAGUGUCUCGAGCAUCCCUGGAUAACCCAAAAGCUCCCCGGAGUCAAUGACAGCACCGACGGGCUUGUUGCUGGAAUUGGAGGACUAGAUGUGCACCGACGCGGUAUCACGCGUGAGCGCACAUUACUCUCGUCUGUCAAUGAGGUACACCUAGCACGCCAAUUGCCUCUGGGUCCACAGCAGGAUGGCAAAGGCCCCCUCAAAGUGUACGCAAAGAACCCGAGUGUGGAAAGUGGUACAAAUGUCACACGUAUAGAGGCGCGGCCAGCUGAUCAAAGAGAUGCUCGCGAAUUCAUGGAGAUGGGUGGUAAGGGGGAUCAAGAACUCUUCGGUAACGAUGGGUCGAGCUUCUACUCGAAAGCUGAAGCCGCAGCUGCCAAGGGCAAGGCAAAAGUGAAGACAAAGGGGAAGACAAGUGGAAAGUGA